AUGCUUACCAUCGGAAAAGUAAAUGAUGCGAAUUCUGUUUUCGAUGCUACCAUCGAACUCAACUUUGGCCCAGGUUUAACGUCUACUUUCCACCUAAUAUACUUGUUGGACAACUGUACUUCCCCGCAAUCUCUGCAUCCAGAAACAAAGCAGAGACUAAUAGACGUUUUCAGUACGGCUCAGGAACAAUCCGGAAGCAGUUUUGAAGAGGCCGACAAGGCGAUACAAAGGAUUUUCAAGGGAGGUGUCGAUUUUGAAGUAAUUGACGGAGCUCUUCUGUGCCACUGGUCUAGGUCCCACAGUUCCAAAUUCUCGCAAAAAUGGCUGCAGACGCAUUCUUAUAGUCCAAAAUUGUACGAAAAGCCUCAAUUGUUACCCGCUAUCUGUCCGUGGGAUGCUGCACAGUUUCUAGACUUAACCCGUCAACACAGAUCCUACAAGUUCAACGACCUGCCAGACAAACUUCCCGGACUCCUCGAGGAUAUCUUUACAUAUGGUUUUCAAUUUAUCGAAGAUGUCCCUGUCAGCCUGGAAGCCACGAAAAAGGUAUCUGAGAUGAUAUCUAUCAUCAGGCCAACUCAUUAUGAUCUGGGGGUAUGGGAUUUUUCUUCUGAUUUGGCCAAAAAAGAUACUGCGUAUACGACCCUGAGAAUUGACAUGCAUACAGAUGGUAACUAUUGGCAAGAAACGCCUGGAUUACAACUCUUUCAUCUCUUGGAACAUUCAGGAGGCAACGGAGGAGAAACGCGCAUAGUCGAUGUUGAGCACAUACUGAAAGUUUUAAAGGAUUUAGCAGUGGAGGACGAAAGCUGGCAAAGAACUUACCAUGUUCUAACAACUCAACCAAUUGCCUUUCAUCAGGCUGGUGAGGAAGGAAUAUGUUUUACACAGGAUUUUUUCCCGAUACUCAGUGUUACCGGGGGAGGUCAGUUGUUGAAAUGCCGCUGGAAUAACAGCGAUAGAUCGCCCCAGUUUCCCGUCCUUAAGUUUUCCGUUGGCCACAUCUACGAAGCCUUGUUUAGAUUCAAUGCCUUGAUAAACGAUCCAAAGAACUACGUUCAAUUCCAACUGACCCCCGGCAAAAUAUUAGUUUUCGAUAACUGGAGAGUUUUGCAUGCCAGAAAUGCUUUCACAGGAUACCGUCGCCUCUGCGGCUCUUACCUGACGAGAGAUGAUUUCAUUGCAAGGCUCAAGGGCUUUUACAACGACAGGGAUUCCCUUCUGAACGCUCUCUAA